GAUGGCAACAAGCAGUAUUUGCGGCAUUCUGGAUUCUGAGUUUAUCAAAAAUCCGAGUGCAAAAAUUGAAGUUGCAGUUGGUCGUCCUGCCCUUCUUGAAUGUGAACCGCCUAAAGGAAAGCCAAAGCCAUCAGUUUCAUGGAGAAAAAAUGGCAACAAAUUAGAGCUGUCCGAGAGGAUAUUACAACAUCCAGGUGGAACUUUAGAAAUUCGAAGGACAGAAAGAAAAGAUACCGGAACUUACCAUUGUGAAGCUGAGUCAGCUGGCAUUAAACGAAGCUCGUCACCAGCAAUUCUCGAUGUUCUGGAACCUCCUAAAUUUGUAAUGACUCCUAAAAAUAAGAAAGUAGAAGAAGAAGGCACUGUAGAAUUUAAAUGUAGCGCUGUCGGUGAGCCAAAGCCAACAAUAUUCUGGUCAAAAAAAGGUAGUAAGAUGCCGCCUGAAUCAAGGAGGGAAUUACUCAGUGAUAAUAGCUUGAGGAUAAUAAGGGCUCAGAGGGAGGAUAGUGGACGUUACGCAUGUCAGAUUAAGAACAGUGUCGGUUCGAAGUUUCAUUAUGCAACUUUAGAAGUUGAAUCCAAACCUUCCUUCCUCACUACACCUAUGGCAAAGACAGUGCGUGAGAAUGACGAAGUUACAUUUCAAUGCGAAGUGGACGGUUAUCCAAAGCCAACUGUGUUCUGGAGUAGAGACAACGAUCAAAGUCGUCUUAUGUUUCCCACAAAGAGAUACGGGAGAUAUUUCGUAGACGUUAGGGGCUCUCUUAUAAUUCGCAAUGUUAAGCCGGAAGACGCAGGAAUACACUCGUGCCAGGCUUACUCAUCAGCCGGAUCAGCUAUAGCAAAAGCAAAAUUAACUGUUGUUAGAAACCGUAAUGGACAUAGGUUACCGCCUACAAUUACUCAGGGUCCUCAGAAUCAGGUUGUACCCGUCGGUCAAACUGCAGAGUUGAUUUGCAGGACCGAAAGCACUCCAGCUCCACAGAUCAAAUGGCUUAAGAAAAAUAAACUUCUAAAAGGUAAUAAGAGAAUAAAAAUCCUUUCUUCCGGCACGCUUCAGAUCAACGAUAUUCGUUUGAUUGACUCUGCUAAGUAUACUUGUGUUGUUUCUAAUGAGAAUGGUGCAUCUACUUGGAACGCUACUAUCAAAGUUCACAAAAGAUUCUCGUCAAGAACAAAUGUUGUUUUUAAUAAGACACCUGAACCAUCAACUUUUCCAGGCACUCCCCAUAAGCCUAUACCUACACAUAUUACAGAAACGUCCGUAACGUUAAAUUGGAGGGUAAAUUCGAGUUUUGGAGCCAGUCCUAUAAAUGGCUCAAUUAUUGACUACUUUUCACCAACUGCCACAGAUGGUUGGAUAGCUAUAGAUGUACCAGGAAAAAAGAGUAGUUAUGUGAUAACUGAUUUAAAGCCUGGUAAAAUGUAUUACUUUAUUGUUCGUUCUAAAAAUGCUCAUGGAGUGAGUAAGCCUUCGGAAGUUAGCGAUCCAAUAAAGACUCGAGGACGAGAUUUAAUGAAUGAAAAAAAUAAGCAGGAAAUGGACAGAGUAGUUACAAAAUUACUGGCGAAGAAGAUAAUUAACAAAGUCCGAGCAAAGGCCACUGGUUCGAAUACAAUUCGAGUUGAAUGGACCGUUAAGGGUAAAGCAAAGCGCUAUAUAGAUGGUUAUCAUGUUCGCUUUAAAGUCUAUUCUCAGAACUAUAAUUACGACAUAUCACAACAUGACCACACUCAUACAAGUAAUGAAUUAGAUGGAGAAGUAAUGGUGAGAAACGGAAAGACCUCUACAGUUCUAAAGAAUCUUGAGGAGGGUACACUGUAUAAAGUUUCAGUGCAAGCUUUUCAUGGACAAAUCCACAGCCAAUAUUCCGAUUCCGUUAGCGCUAAAACUCAUUCUCGUAGACCCUCAUCUGGACCAACCAACGUUCGUGCAAGAAUGAAUAGCAAUAAUACCAUGAAUGUAUAUUGGCAGCCACCACCUCCCCUGCAUAGAAAUGGAGAUAUAACGGGGUAUAAAAUCUAUAUAUUUGGGAAUGGGUCUGACGAUACGCAAUCCGUUUUGGUGCCUGGAGAUCAAGAUAGAACAAUAGUUGCUCGAGUCCAAUCCGAUAGAAUUUACAAAUUGCAAAUGUCUGCCGAAAACGAAGCAGGGGAGGGAGAAAAAACGAAAGCAAUUGAAGUCGGCAUUGUACCCAACGUUUAUAAAAGCCUAUUAAAGGAACCAUGGUUUAUAGCAACACUAAUUGGAACUUUGGGAGGUGUUUUGUGGUUGACCUUAUGCAUAUUUAGUAUUUGGUUGUAUAGAAAGAGGAGAGAGAGAAAGAAAAUGGGUAAAAGCGGCGUAAUGACGAUUCCGGUUCAUAAGGUGGACGAUGUCAACUGCAGAUACACGAACCAGAGGGCACCUGCAUCGCCGAAUAGUUUCCGAAAGCAUCCGAUGACGCCGAAACUUGGUCCUCGCAUGAAUGGUCAUUUUGACAAGCCUUGCGGCCACGACUUUCAUUGUGAUUGUUCGAUUCCGUUUAAUCACUUUAACCAAAUGCCUCCGGAUAUCACGAAUAAUACUCUAAACGAAGCGAAGGAAGCGGAACAAGAGAAUAUUUACAGUUGCCCAGCGGAGGCCUAUGCUCCUCCACCCAUGCCUAUGCCCUCAUCUCAACACAAUACUCCAAGUAUGAAAAGCUUCUAUAAGCCACCAGCGCCCCCCAGAGGGGAAUCUGUUGUGCCGUACGCUACUUCAAUGCUGCAUGGCACGCCAAGAACGGAUCAUAUAUCGGCUUUCCGCCCUCUUCCAGGGCAAAUGUCAGACCAUUCUACUGGGGAUGAGAUGACGUCAUUGCUAGCUCAACCAGGUGGUGGGGAUCACGGUAUACCAGCACCAAUACCAAUUGGACCGAUCAUGAACAUUCAAAAUAUCAUACCCCCGCCUCAGGAACCACCUCCUUCAGAGAUGGGAACUCCACCUGAAGGGAGAGGUACACCCAUUAGCGUCCAGUAUUCAACUCCUCCAUGGAUUGGUCAGAUGAGCCAACAUCCACAAGUUCAGAUGGCGCUUACAAGAACUUUAUAUUCACCCCGUUGUGUGUCAGAGCCUGAAGGGCCAACGAGCCGUCAUAGAACACCUAGAUACUAUAGCGAGCCGGAAACACCACCUUCGCCUCCUAUUCGUAAUACAGCUAUUCAGUCACCGCCGAGUCCGGUAAAAGAGAUUUACAAACCAGAGAGGCUGGAGGAAGAGCCAGCUUGCGGAGAUGAUUCUGAUUUGGAUGUAGCAGCUUCUUCUGUUGCCGAAUGCUCUCCCAGCAGACUGUCAAUAUCAAGUUCCAGUUCCGGACAAAUAUCAGAUGCUAGUUAUUUAACACACGAUGCUGAGGCUGAUUUCGCACAAGCAGUUGCUCGAGCAACUGAAAUCACACAGGCCCUUCAAAAUGGACCUGUAAUCGUACCAACACCUCCACCUCCUGCUCCUAAACCAUGCUAUCACGAAGGUAUACCGUCUCCCGCACCAAAACCUAAUCAAAGACCCAGAUUGAGGGCACACAGUCCCCCGAGAGGAGACAGUACUGACGAUGCUUCCGUAGUUAUGACACCAGAUGCUCCUCGACAAAGACGGCCUAAACGUCCAAGGCGACCUCAGAACGGAAUUGGUACAGAUCAUGUUUGA